GCCUUGUCUAGCAACAAGUCCAAGAUGGCGUUUCUGACCCAAGAAGACGUCAAGAUGAGCAUCGCGCUCUUCUGCUGCAUGUACGGAGUCGGCUCGAUCGGCGCUCCCGGCAACUUUGCCAUGGUCGGCUACGGCGUCGGCAUCGUCAUCGUUGUCGGCAUGUGCAUCGUCAACAUGUACGCGUCGUGGUGCAUGUCCAAGGUGCUCCUCAUCGCGCCCAAGCACGUCAAGACGUUUGGCGACAUUGGCGAGUGGUCCAUGGGCAUCGUCGGCCGGUACGCCGCCAACCUCUCGCAGCUCAUCGUGUGCGUCAUGAUUCCGACCAUCUUCCUCGUCCUCGGCGGCUCGAUCCUCUCGAUGCUCUUCCCGCUCACGUUCAAGAUCGGUGUCUGGAUCCUCUUCAUGGCCCUCGCGCUUCUUCCCGUCUGCCUCUACCCGACUCUGAAGGAAGGCACGGGUGUCAUCUUUGCCGGUGCUCUCGGCGCCGUGGUCGCUGACGGUAUUGCGCUCGCGGUCCUUGUCCACAACGUCACCAAGCAGAACGACGGCCUCUCGCCUCCGCCCGCCAACAUCAACUUUGACCAGUUCUCGACCGCCGUCGGCAACUUGGCGCUCACGUUUGGCGCCGGCACGAUCAUCCCGGUCCUCCACCGCGAGCACUCGGACCCGACGCGCCUCCCGCGUGUGAUCAUCUUUACGUACACGCUCGCGCUCGUCUUGAUCCUUGUCGUCGGCAUCGUCGGCUUUGCGCAGGUCGGAUGCCAGAUCCCGUUCGACGCUGAGGGGUACCUCCUCUUCGUUGUCGCCACGCCGUACCUCGGCUUCAUCUCGGACCGCGGCACGGUCAUCCUCGCACUCGUUUCGAUGCUCGUGCACAACAUGGUGGCUUACGGCGUCGUCAUCUUCCCGAGCUUCUUCAUCCUCGAGCGCCGCCUUCUUGGCCUGCACCCGACGGUGAUCGACAGCACCAACAACUACAACGACCUGGAGACGCCCGAGGUCGAGAAGGAGCGCAAGUCGGAGGCCCGCGCGAGUCUCAUGGAUGCGCUCGAGUUCCCGUCGCCCGAAACCGCGGCCGACUACUCGGCGCCCGGCGCGUACCUCAAGGCCUCGAUCCUGCGCACGCUCGUCGUCGCCGUCUCGGCCACUGUCGCCAUCAUCGGCCAGCGCGACUUGACGAACCUCGCCAACUUUACCGGCUCCAGCAUGAUCCUCCUCUGCUGCGUGAUCCUCCCCGUGACGUUUUACGCCAAGGUCUACUGGCAAAAGAUGUCGGCCGUGCACAAGGUGUGGGCGAUCCUUGUCGUGCUCCUCGGCGCCUUCAUCGCGAUCUACGGCUCCAUCUACACGGGCAAGAUCCUCUUCUCCAAGAAGAAGGAGCUGCCGCUCUUCCCGUACUGCGAGGCCAAGUACCAAACGACGGUCUACACCAACCGGUCGCACAAGCCGUACAAGCCCGUGACGCCCAAGCCGACGCCCCUCGGCUUGUAAGCGCCAUCGUUUCGUCGAUUGAAAAGUCUAAUGUGAAGCGUGUUCUAUUUGUCCAC